AUGUUCAAGCUGUUGUGUUGCCUAGUUCUGCUUUCUAUAGCUGUGGGUUAUGUCCAGUCCUCCUUUGGCUUUGGAGGAGGAGGUUUUGGAGGAGGAUAUGGAGGGGGAUACGGAGGAGGAUACGGAGGUGGAUACGGAGGUGGAUACGGAGGUUAUGGUUUGGGCGUGGGAGGUGGCCACGGUGGAGGAUGGGGAGUAGGAAGCUAUGGAGGAAAAGGAAUACUUUCAGGAGUUCUCAUCAAAGGAGCUGGAGGUUUCUACUACGGAUUACAAAUGAAAAGUUGGCUGAUCACGUCAGAAUUAGCAUUAAGCUAUUGAUGAAAUAAAACACAAAUAACUAACA